CCGGAUUGGAGGUAAUUUCCAAAGUUUCGCUACAUAGAAUUGUGACUAAUUACUUGCUUGAAUGGAAAAACCUGUCGUUAUCUUAUAAUAUUAUUUAACUGGUCUAAUCGGAUACACACAUAUACAUGUAGGAAGCUAUGUUCGGAAAUGAAGAUAUGUUUGAUGACGGGGAGUUAUCGGUUGAAUAUUCGUCAGACGACAAUUCUGAACCCAAUGUUGACCUAGAAAAUCAGUACUACAUGGCAAAGUCACGAAAAGAUGACAAUCCCGACAUGGCACUUUUAGAAUUCCAAAAAGUAUUAGAUAUUGAAGGUACUGGGAAUAAAGGUGAUUGGGGAUUCAGAGCAUUAAAGCAAAUGAUUAAAAUAAAUUUCAGGCUUGGAAGGUUUGAUAAUAUGAUGAAAAAUUACAAAGUCCUCCUCACCUAUAUAAAGUCAGCUGUAACUCGAAAUUAUUCUGAGAAGUCCAUUAAUUCGAUUUUGGAUUACGUGUCAACCUCCAAACAAAUGGAUUUGUUGCAGCAGUUUUAUAUCACCACUCUAGAUGCUCUCCGCGAGUCGAAAAACGAAAGAUUGUGGUUUAAAACUAACACAAAACUGGGUAAACUUUACUUGGAACGUGGUGACUAUAUACAUUUGCAAAAGAUUGUUAAGGAGUUACGUGAAUCUUGUCAAACAAAUGAUGGAGAGGACGAUCUUAAGAAAGGAACUCAGCUGCUAGAGAUUUACGCACUAGAAAUUCAAAUGUAUACAGCUCAAAAAAACAACAAAAAACUCAAAGCAUUAUAUGAACAGUCUUUGCAUAUCAAAUCAGCCAUUCCACACCCUCUUAUAAUGGGAAUAAUACGAGAAUGUGGUGGGAAAAUGCAUCUCCGCGAGGGAGAAUAUGCGAAAUCUCAUACUGACUUCUUCGAAGCAUUCAAGAACUACGAUGAAUCUGGAUGUCAACGUAGGACACACUGUCUAAAGUAUCUUGUGUUGGCCAGCAUGUUGAUGAAAUCGGGUAUUAAUCCAUUCGACUCACAGGAAACAAAGCCGUACAAAAAUGAUCCUCAGAUCGUGGCUAUGACAAGUCUUGUAACAGCUUAUCAGAACAAUAAUAUCGUAGAAUUCGAGUCCAUUUUACGACAUCAACGUGAUUCAAUUAUGGAAGACUCCUUUAUUCGCGAACACAUUGAAGAUUUACUUCGUAAUAUCAGAACUGAAGUUCUCAUCAAAUUAAUUCGUCCGUACACCCGAAUACGCAUACCUUUCAUUUCACAACGGUUAAAUCUAAGCGAUCCAGAAGUAGAAAGUCUUCUAGUGGCUUGCAUUUUAGACAACACAAUACAAGCGCGAAUCGACCAAGAACAUCAGAUUUUGGUGCUUAGUACAGAGGCUACUUCAGAAGCGCGUUACCAGGCCCUCGACAAGUUAGCCCUACGAUUACGGCAUUUACAAACGGCAAUGUCCAACAGAGUUCCUAUAACUAAUUAAAGAGCUUUUGAAUUUAAACAAUGACAGUAAAUCAAUAUAACAUACAAAAGUUCAACUUCAAUAGCUUUGAUAUUAUUAUGAACUAAUGGGUACUUCGUAGAUUCUGAUUUAUACUUUGUUAUUUAAACGUUUUUGCAAUGUGCAAGAAAAACAUUUAUCUGACCACGUACUUUCUAAUUUUGAAAAGUAAACGUGAUUCUUACCACUGACCAUCAGGAUUAUAGUGGUAUAUAUCCCGUCACAUUAUUUCCUUACACCGACUUUUCCUCAACGCAUAAAAAUUACAAAAAGCGUACGAUUUGCAAACAUAAACGUUGUUAACAAUUUUAUGUAAAAUUUACUAUGGCGAAAAUACAAGUGAUAAUGCAAGUAAUUUACGUUCAUCCAUCAAGUGAUAACAAGUACAAUGUAGCCUGCGUGCAUACUAAAACUGAUGGAUAGGGUUUGUCUGUAGCAACAAAUCCAAUUAUUGGGUCAUUAGUUGGUAGGGUAACUACGUGUUGUGAUGCGACAUGUACAAUCUUUUGCUUUUGUGUGGAAGAUGAGUUAGCUGUUGUGCGUCUCCGGAGUUCUGUAUCCCCAGAAUUAUUAGAUAUGGGCUGACAAUAUAUGUAGAUUCUCCUUGUCAAGUCUGCAACUGCCACAAACUUCAGUGGAGAUCCGUCAGAUAAAACUGGACUAGAAACAAAUCUACUAUCACGUUUACUGGCAAGGACGUAGCCAAAUGCUUGCAAAGUUGAGACAUGUUUCCAUACACAUGGGUCUUUUUCUGUCAUUGUAUUCUGGCAUAAUGGUAACCAAACUAUCCCGUCUACAUCAUGACGGAUACAGAAAGCAUGGGUCGCAUUUGGUUUCCACGUAGCACAACGGAUUUUGAACAACCAUUGAUGUCCUGAUAAAUAGGCCUAAAUUAAAGAAAUUCACUUAUUAAACAAACUUAAUAUAAAGAGGUUUAUCUAGUUAGUUCGAAUCAUGUAUCAACAAUAUUCAAUUAAAAGUGAGUGCGAAAACGAGACUGCUUGGAUUGCGAGACUUGAAAAAUAACUAAAUUUAUGGGUCUUGGAAGCCUAGGUCUAACGUGAAUAAUUUUUUUUAGAAAGGUGACUUGGCUGGAAUAUAGUUUCAAAAUAAUACUUGCAGAACGUUAUCAUAAAGAUUGCGUAGGUUACUUUUAAACAAUAACACUGGUUAUUCGUAAUAUUAGUGCAAAUGUUUUCGUAUCAGUAACGAAAUCACAUCCAAAAAAUAUAACGGGCGUUAUGACAGUCGUCCCAUCAGAUUCAUCUAGUUGUUUUCAG